AUCUCAGCAUGAAGGCGUUUAUAGUUAUUUCUCUGGCAGUUCUUGCCACUUUGGCCAGUGGUGGGAAUGUUCCUGGCGAUGGCGUGAUUGGAUCCAAGCAAGCCCUGAGACUCAGUCUGCAGAAUCCCGGAGAUGUUUACUUGGUCACGAACUUCAUGGCCUGCCUCCAUGCAUACUCUUGCAUGGACACGGCGCUCAGCCUGGAGAUGGACUCUCCUCUGGGAUUCCUCGCUCAGAAUGUCUUCAUCUACGAGUACGACGGCUAUCUUGUGUUCUUCAACCAGAUCAAUGCGAAGCUGCUGUUCAUGCUGCCCGCAGCCAAGAUGAAGGAAGUUCUGACACUGGUCAACGUGACUGCGGAUCUCAACAGAUUGUCUCUGGCUGUUGCCUUCAACUCCUAUCUUGGCAUCAACAAUGCGAAGCAGACCAAGAACUGCGUGGAGAUGUUCAACUACGUCGGAAACGUCUUGGCCGAGCUGAUUGGAGUCGGCUGCAAACCCACAGCUGCAGUGAACCUCCUGGGACUCCUCAAUCUCUACACCGUCUUCCCCAACGACCUGGUCGUGCUGCAGCCCUACAGCCCUGUCAAGAACUUGCUGGUUGAGUCUGCGUCGGAUUUGGCGCUGCUCAUCGCUCGCUGCUCCAUCGUCGUGGACGCCGCUGCGUUCUACAACAAGAAUUUCCUCUUCCAGGACAUCAUCUUCCCGGGCAAGACUCUCAGUGGCAACAAAAUUGGCAAUAUACUUGGUAACAAGGAUAUUCUCGCCAAAGUACCGUAUCUCUUGAAGCACAUCCUGUACAAUUUGCCCUAUCACGAUGUGUAUGAGUUUUUGGUGAAUCUCUUAGUAACUGUCACUCUCGAUUCUAAGCCUCUGGAAUUGUAUGAAGAUUUCUUCUCGCUUGUCGCUCUAAGCGGAUAUAAACACAAAAAUGACUAUGAAACUACUACUUAUUACAGUACUACAGAAGCAGAAACAACCACAGAGUACGAUUGGGGCAAAUGAAGAUAAAAAAAAGUAAAUGAUUAUUAACUUAAUGCAAGUGUAGGGAUUUCGAAGACACAUGUAAUAUUCUUGUAAACCCAAAAUAGAUAUUGAGAAAUAAAGAAAGACAUAUUUUGCAAA